AGGGAGCCUGGCCUGAUGGCACAAAGACAGGGUCACAGCCCCCUCUUCCCAUCCUGUCACUGGAGCGAGGCAAGGGGCAAUUUGGGCAAGCGGUUUGAGAAGAAAUACAAGGCAGAGCUGAGCGGGGGCACGGUCUCCAAGGGGACGCAGUUCGAGUACGCUUGGUGCCUUGUACGCAGCAAGUACCCUGAUGACAUCAAGAAGGGUGUGGCUCUGCUGGAGGAGCUGGUACCCAAAGGAUGUAAGGAGGAGCAACGGGACUACAUCUUCUACCUGGCCGUGGCCAAUUACCGGCUGAAGGAGUACGAGAAGGCCUUGAAAUACAUCCGGGGACUGCUGAAAACAGAGCCCAAGAACACGCAGGCCAUGGAGCUGGAGAAGCUCAUCAACAAGGCCAUGCAGAAAGAUGGCCUGGUUGGCAUGGCGAUCGUUGGCGGCAUGGCACUGGGCGUGGCUGGCCUGGCCGGCCUCAUCGGAUUGGCCAUCUCCAAGUCCAAACCCUAACCCUCCACUGAAGCCAGGGCGCCCCCUUCUGGAGACCAUGCGCUAACUAUGCUCAAGCCGCUAACCUUCCCCCUCCGCAGCAGUUCCUCGGUGCCCUGGGAUUUCCCCCACUGCUCUGGGGAGAGGCGGGAGGCUGCUGGACUAAUCAGUGCAAUAGGUAAUCAGGUCCGUGGAAAGAGGCUCAUCCCCUUGGGCAGCUGGGGGACAAGGGGAUUGGCCAAGAGAGGGGGAUGAAGGUCUCUGAGGUGGCACUUCUUGAUUGGCCAUGUCUCCCACAGCAAGGGCGGAACAGCUGACUCUGGCUGGCCCUCGCCUGUGGGGUUUGCCUGUUCGUCAUCCGCCCAGCAUGCAGUCCCACCUUCCCCCAUGGCAGGCAGUGCUUGGGAACGGGUGGUGUUUCUACUGCUGCUGGUCCUGGAAGAUGCCAGGG